UUAAAUCCCUUCAUUUCCACUUUACAUGCUAGAGGAGAGACAAUGGCCAAAACCCUAAAUAUCCUCAAUCUCUUCACCAUUCUCUCCCUUGUACUAUUCCUCCAACAUUUCCAAACCUCCCUAUCUUUGGAGGAUGAGGAGAUCGAGGGCGACUUCUACGUCCUCGACUCCACCCCCACUAGCACCAGCGCGAGGCCAAGAACCAGCCGGUUCUUGACCUCCGCGGUGAAGAAGAUCAAGAAGGGCACGAGCUGCGACGCGAAGACAAACCCUUACGUGUGCAACGGGGUGUGGGCGAACAAGGGCACGAGCCUUCUCUACUGCUGCAAGAAGCACUGUCGCAACGUGCUAGGCGACCGCAACAACUGCGGGGUGUGCGGCCACAAGUGCCGCUUCGGGGAGCGGUGCUGCGGCGGCGUUUGCACGAAUGUUUUGGGGAACAAUGCUAAUUGUGGGAAGUGUGGCAAAAAGUGUUCUCGUGGGGUCAAGUGUGAGUAUGGCUACUGUGGAUAUGCAUGAGGUGUUUUUGCUUGCUAGUUUGGAUAGUUCCUUUCUUAAUUGAUGGAUUCAUUUUAGAAUUUAUUUGAAUUGUAACUCAUAAAUUUCUUAUUUAUAUACUACAUCACAAUCCGUGCUCUCUAAAUGAAAUAACUUCACUUCAUGUGUUUGCCAAA